CACGUCAUAUUUUAUAUCAGAACCAUUCAAUCAUGAACCUUAUAUCCAACCUAGUGCUCCUUGUUUCAUUUUCUGUUGUUUUUGCAGAAAAACUUCAUCCAUUAUCGGAUGAAUUCAUCGCGGAAAUCAACUCAAAGCAGUCAACAUGGAAAGCAGGAAGAUAUUUUGAUGUUGAAGAUUACGAGUUGGCCAAAAUACUGGCUACAGGCUCCAAAGGGUUCAAAAAUCCAGAAAACAUAACCGUAAAAGUUCACGAUGAAAAUAAAGAUAUACCGGAAUCGUUUGAUGCUAGAGAUGCUUGGCCUGAGUGUGCUGGAGUGAUCGGCUUGAUCAGGGAUCAAUCGCAGUGUGGAUCAUGUUGGGCAUUUUCUGCUGCCGAGGCGAUGUCUGACAGAAUCUGUAUCCACUCCGAUGCAGAAAGAAAAACUCUAGUAUCUGCUCAAGAUAUUCUAACUUGCACGGUGGGCAAUAACUGCAAAGGAGGCUGGGUUGAGAACCCGUGGUUCCAAUGGAACGACACAGGAUACGUUACUGGAGGAUUGUAUAACAGAACUGAUCAGGGUUGUAAAUCUUAUUUUCUGCCCUCGUGUGAAGAUCACCCCCACAAAUGCAUAGACUACGUUGAUAGUCCAGAUUGUAUCAAACAGUGCGACGACACUAGUUUGGACUACCUAAGCGAGCACACUUAUGGACUACAUCCCAACAUAUUCGUUGGAGAAACUCAAAUGCAGUUGGAAAUUUUAAAAAAUGGACCCUUGGCUACUUCUUUCAGUGUCUAUGCAGAUUUCUUAUCCUAUCAGUCAGGAAUAUACCAACACGUUAGUGGAGAUUUUGAAGGAUCACAUGCAGUAAAAAUCAUAGGAUGGGGUGUGGAAAAUGACGUAAAGUACUGGUUGAUUGCCAAUUCCUGGAAUGAAAACUGGGGUGAAAAUGGGUACUUUAGAUUCCUAAGAGGUUCGAAUGAGUGCGCCAUAGAAGCUUAUACCAUCGCCGGAUUACCAGAUUUUACUAAAUUCUAAUAAUAUUAGAAUGAAUUUAUGAUAUUUCUGUACCCUAGUUAGAUUGAAAAUCAUGGACAGCCAGCAGAGUUAAAAUUAGUCAUGUAAAUACAUAUUUAGAAAAUACUAUAAUGAAAUACAUAGAUACAAUUUAUCCUA